AUGAUGAUACCUUUGAAUGCCGAUUUUUCUUUAUUAUCUUUGAAUGAUAAAGAGUGUUUCAAUGAUACCACCCAGUGUCAUCAAAUCAAUCUUCCUGUGGAUCAAUCGAACAGUCUUUUAGCUACUACACAAUGCUAUGAUCGUCUUUAUUGGCAAGGUCAAUUACAACUUGCAUUGCUCAUUAGAGAUCGUUGUGUACGUAUACAAGUUAUACAGGCUCGUUACCUUCAGGUGCCUGUGGAUGAAGGUUAUAGCAUGUUUGUGGAGAUUCGAAUUGCACCAAAACAUGCACCUCAUUGUACUGCUUAUCAACUUCGUACAAAAUCUGUACCGGAUUGUACAGCACCAGUUUUUAAUGAAAAGUUUUCAUUUGAAAUUUCACACGUAGCUCGUAAUCAUCGUAUAUACAUUGAAUUAUAUCUAAAUCAGUCCAAGUUUGGUUAUGAAAAUGCAAUUUUCCUUGGUGGAAUGUCAUUCGAUAUUAAAAGAUUAAAACAAAAAUCUGAAAAAUCUAUUGAACUAUUGAAUCAUUUAACUCAGAAGUCUGUAAAUCUGCUGGAUACAUCAGUUUCUCGGGAGUUCUAUCUACAGAAAAGAGAUUUAGAUUAUAUUUCAAGUGAAAGAUCCUCGAUCAGUCUACCGUCAGUUAUAAAUAUUGACGAUUUUUCAAAACCUCAGUGGUAUUAUUUACUUGGAAAAAGUUCUUGUUAUCGUCGACAUAUGUCAGUUGUUCUAGCAUCAAGUUUGUCUAAGGGUAGUGAGUCAGAAAAGCUGUCAUUCCUUGCCUCAUCCAAUUCGCAUAAUACGGAAUCACUGACAUCUGAAAUGAAUAAAGUUAUGAAUCCAUCUGCUAGUGUUUCGACAAUAUCUUCUUUACAUGGAUGCGAUAAUCGGGACUCUGCACUGUUUCAUUCAGGAGAUUUAAAGAGACUCCAGAUUACAAUCCCCAAGUCGGCGGAUUCAGGUUAUGGUUUCACACUGACUACUCAAAUGGCAGGAUUCAAUCUUCAACAGUUUGCAAGUACACCACUAACAUCACCGACAACGAAUCAAACAACAUUGUUUAGUGAAAACAAUAACAGCCUACCAAUGCAGAGAUUAUUUCGUAUUCAUUCUGUAAGAAAAAAUUCACCAGCUGAUCUGGCUGGCUUACCAGUUGGUGCUUAUCUCCUGGGGAUUGGAAAUCAACCUUUGGAUUGUACAAUUACACUGAAAGAAGUUGUCAGAUGGAUGUAUGAAGCUGCAGAAAGUCAUCCAGAUAAAGCGGUAAUUCUAGACAUUGGAGUACCUAAUUGUCAAACAGAAUUACCAUCUCAGAAUAAUUCUAAGCUAAGAUUUAGUGAAAAAUUCAAAUUUAUGGUCUCUUCUGGUAGACACAAUCAAUGUACAACAGUUAAACAAUCAAUAACAGAAUCAGUCGAUACAGGAAAUACAUCCAGUAAUUCAUAUCUUCCUCGAACAGUUACUCCUGCCAGUACAGUUAUGCUAUGCGAAGAACGUUGUAUUGAUGAAGAUCUUAUGAAUGAUGAAACUAUCAAUAAUCUACAAAAUAGAAAUGAAAGUAGCAGUUUGAGUAGACGCCGGCGUAUGUUAACACUGGCGCCACCAAUACUCAAACUUAAAUGGCAAGAUGUUUGUUUGGAUGAAGCGAAUCGACAAUGGGCAGUUGAAAGAUUAUUAACUAAACUGACAAAUACAUCGAAUGAUUUAAUGAAUGGCAUAAAAGCUUAUCGUACUGGUCUACAGAAUAUUGCUAACUUUCAUCCAGAUGAUUUAAAUGCAUUGUUUCAUAAUAUUGUUGAAAUUGGCUCUGAAACGUGUAAAAUGAAACAAAAUCUGCAAAAUGGUUGUCUGCCGUACGAUGUUUCAACUAUAACCUCGUCUUCAUCAGAUCCACUUGCUAGACAGUAUGCAAUCAAUAAUAAGAGCAAAUCAAGAUUUUCAAUAUCUUCAACACCAUCUCCAUUAUUGCCUCUACGGAAUGAUUCUUACAGAGGGAGCAAUACUAAUACUCUUACCAAUAAUAAUAGUAAUAACAAUAAUAAUACUGGUUUACUUGAUGGGAAAGAUAAACUUGAUGAAUACAGAAGGAAUAGCAGUGGUACUAUUAUGAAUUCUAAGAAUAACAGUCAUACUACACAAAACGGUGGUAUACACAAACGAUUGUCAUUUUUGUUUAAAUUACCAAGGCAGCUAUCAGAGGAUUUCAAAAGUGACAACAGUGCUACUGAACAGCUUUGUCAACAAGACGAACCAAGGAAACAAAUGAUGAUUACACAACAAGAUCCAUCAUCAUGUAAUCAUCAAUUGAACCCAUUGAAUCCACCCGUACAUGGUCAUUUGGAUAAUCCUGGUACAAUUAUUUUAAUGUCUCUCAAUGAUUUGUUACACCAGUGCAUGGAUUAUACAAAUGUUUAUCCAGAUCGUUUGAAGUAUAUUUAUCAACUCAGAAAACAUUUUCCAGAAUUACGAUUAUUUCUCAAGAGUCAAGCGAUGCAACCAGAUGUCCCUAUUCUAUCAUUAUUUCUUACUUUACCGUUAGAGAUUCCGAGAUAUUUGUUAUCGGAAUUAAAAAACAUUGAGAAAUAUACAAGUGCUCAACAUAAAGAUAGACCAGCUCUUGAAAAAUGCAUUCAAGCUCUAAAUGAAGCACUGAACAAUCAGUCGUCCCCGAUCCCUCCUAAUGACAUAGACAGUGUCAAUAAUUUAAUUUUAAAAGAUGUGAGUUAUCUUUCCAACACUCAGUGUCCUGAGAAUGACCAUCGAUCAAAAAUGAAUACCUCUCAUAUUUUUGAUACAAACAAGACAUCACCAUCUACUGGUGAGGCGGUAGACAACGCAGACUCACCUGUCGUCUAUCCGAAGAAAAGCGUCACUGAGAAUACACAAUUAGCCAAACUUAUGAAGUAUCUGCUACCACCACUAUUUCCAUAUCCAAACGAUUCAGAAACAUUCAGUCCAUCUGAAUGGUCUUCAGUUAAUCAUCAUAUAAUUUAUAAAAGUUAUCUUUUAUGCACUUUGUGCUCAAAACAAUAUCCUGAUUUAAUUAAAGAGGAUGUAUCUUAUCGUGGUCCUGUUUUUGCAUAUUUACUAAAUGACGCCCUACUAUUAGUUGUCUCUGAAAAAGAUGUACUUGAAACUUGUCGACCAUCCUGUUUAGCUUAUGAACCCAUACUCCUCGAUUCGAUUGCUUUUCAGGAUUAUGAAAUAUCAGCUUUAUCAUUUAUGCUAAAACUUAAAAAUGGCACAACAUUUCAAUUCGAUUGUACAACAUUUGAAAUUAAACUAGUUUGGAAGACUCUUAUUGAACAACAGAUGACAACCAAAUAA